CCGACACUGGCCGGGGGUGGACUCUUCUCCAGCGGCUGUGAACUGUAGACAUCCUCUGAGCAACGGCUGCUUUGAAUCAGCGUGUGUCAGUGGGCCCCUGAGGCUCCCUGCUGGUGCUGAGGCAGGAUGAAGAGGUUCAGGAGACACGGCCAAGAGUCUCAGAGGGAUAGACUCAAACAGGAGCUCUUCCAGUUCAACAAGACGGUGGAGCAUGGAUUCCCCCACCAGCCCAGCGCUCUGGGCUACAGUCCCUCCCUGCAGCUGUUGGCCAUCGGCACCCGCUCCGGGGCCAUCAAACUAUAUGGAGCUCCGGGUGUGGAGUUCAUGGGUCUACAUGAUGAGAAUGCUGCCGUGACACAGGUGCACUUCCUCCCCCACCAGGUUGAACUGGUGACCCUGCUGGAUGACAACAGUCUGCACAUGUGGACUUUAAAAGCUCACAAGGGACUCUCUGAACUUCUGGAGAUAGGACGCUUCACUCUCACGGGACCACCUGGUGCCCCUCCAAGUGUGACCAGAGUGACAGCAGUGCUGGCUCACUCCUCGGGGGAGCUGCUGCUGCUGGGGACAGAAGGAGGACACGUCUUCAUAGUGGAAGUCCCCGGGUUCAGAGAGCUGGAAGAGAGGAACAUUAGUCUAGACCAAGUGGCCAGCAGUGUACCGGACGACUACAUCGGCCGCAGGAAUCUGGAACACGUGGAGGCCUUGCAGGAGAACCCGGUCGACCCGAACCAGGUCGUCAUUGGCUACGGACGAGGUCUCAUGGUCAUAUGGGAUCUGAAGAAGCAGCGAGCCAUCCAGCACAUCCCCGCCACACAGCAACUGGAGAGCGUGUGGUGGACAGAGGACGGAGUCUACCUUCUCAGUUCACACAGCGAUGGAAGUUACUGUCGAUGGAUGGCGAGCGGCGAGGAUGUGAACGAGGAGGAGGAGAAAUCAGACAUUCCUUAUGGACAUUUCCCCUGCAAGGCCAUUUCUAAAAUAGUUCAGCUACCUACAGAAGAAGGGCCUCCGUUCCUGCUGUUCAGCGGUGGUAUGCCCAGGGCCAGCUACGGGGACCGACACUGCAUCACAGUGAUCCACAGUAAAACACAUGUGGCUCUGGACUUCACCUCCCGGAUCAUCGACUUCUUUGCCAUCAGGGGCAGACCCCAGCACACAGGAGACCCCAGUGCGCUGGUGGUCCUGGUAGAGGAGGAGCUGGUAGUGAUAGACCUGCAGACGGAGGGUUGGCCGGUCAUUCAGACACCGUACCUGGUUCCCCUCCACAGCUCCGCCAUCACCUGCUCCCACCACGUCUCCGCCAUCCCCCUCAAACUGUGGGAGCGGGUCCUCGCCACCGGAGACCUGCAGAACACGCACUACUCCAAAAAGCCAUGGCCAAUAACGGGAGGCCAGAACCUGGCCCCAGACCCUCCACAGAGAGACCUGCUCCUCACAGGGCAUGAGGAUGGGACGGUGCGUUUCUGGGAUGCAUCUGGAGUCUGUCUGUAUCCCAUGUACAAGUUAAGCACAGCUGGAGUGUUCCACACAGACGCCGACCCCAACGACAACAUGAAUCAAGGCACUGAAGGAGAGUGGCCGCCAUUCAGAAAGGUCGGCUGUUUUGACCCCUACAGUGACGACCCGCGGCUCGGCGUUCAGAAGAUCCACCUUUGUAAAUACAGCGGCUAUCUGACUGUGGCUGGCACUGCUGGACAGAUCCUGGUGCUGGAGCUGAACGACGAGGCGGCAGAGCAGACAGUGGAGGCUAAGGUUGUGGAUCUGCUGCAGGGCCAAGAGGGCUUCCGCUGGAAGGGCCACACUCGGCUGGACGUGCGAGAAGAGCCGGUGCUGUUCCCUCCAGGCUUCCAGCCUUUCGCUCUGGUCCAGUGCCAGCCUCCCGCCGUGAUCACCGCUCUCACCCUGCACUCGGAGUGGAAGCUGGUGGCCUUUGGCACCAGCCACGGCUUCGGCCUCUAUGACUACCAACAGAAGAACAACGUCCUCGUCAAGUGCACCCUAAACCCCAGUGACCAGCUGGCCAUGGAGGGUCCUCUGUCCAGGGUGAAGAGCAUAAAGAAAUCCCUCCGACAGUCCUUCAGGAGAAUCAGACGCAGCAGGGUCUCGCUAAGGAAACAUCAUGUCAACAACGCAGCCAAGCUCCAGGAUGCCAACGCUCGUCUGGAGGCUGAGCUGGCAGAGAUGGAGCUGGCUCCGGUCCAGAGGAAGAUCGAGGCGCGGUCCUCAGACGACUCGUUCACCGGCCUCGUGCGGAUGAUCUACUUCGCCGACACUUUUCUCUCAGACAGUUCACAUAACACGCCCUCCCUGUGGGCAGGGACCAACGGCGGCUGUGUGUUUGCAUACAUGCUCCGCCUUCCCGCCGCAGAGCGCAGAGCGGAUGAACCAGUCACCGCACAGCCGGCUAAGGAGAUCCAGCUGAUGCACCGGGCCCCUGUUGUUGGCAUAGUGGUGCUGGACGGACACGGGGCUCCUCUCCCUGAGCCGCUCGAGGUGGCCCACGACCUGGCUCGCUCGCCCAACAUGCAGGGCUCGCACCACCUCGUGGUCAUAUCUGAGGAGCAAUUUAAGGUUUUCACGCUGCCAAAGGUGAGCGCCAAGAUGAAGCUGAAGCUGACGGCCGUGGAUGGCUCCAGGGUACGGCGGGUGGGCGUGGCCUGGUUCGGCAGCAGCCGGUCGGAGGACUACGGCGAGAGCGGCCUCGUGGUCCUGACCAACCAGGGCGACGUCCAUGUGGUGUCGCUGCCGACAGUCAAGAUGCAGGUCCACUACCCCUGCGUGCGGCGAGAGGACGUCAGCGGCAUCGCUUCCUGUGUCUUCACCAAGCAUGGCCAGGGCUUCUACCUGAUCUCUCCAUCUGAGUUUGAGCGGUUCUCUCUGUCCGCCCGGGUCCUGGUGGAGCCUCGCUGUCUGAUGGAGGUUCCUCUUCACACCGGCUCCUCGACUCAACGUAGGCCACAGCUCGAUGGAGCUUCGUCUGCGCAUAGAAUUACCACACAAGACAGUGAGGAUGCAGAAAGUGCAGCUAGACGUGUUAUGGAGCAUGCUUUGCUGAAUGACGAGAAAGUACUUCAAGAGAUCCAGAAGUCGCUAGAAGGAGACCAGACGUCGCUCCUGGAGAAUAAUGUGAAGAACGCUGUAGCUUAGAGACGUCUCUGGACAGUAGAGAGUGAACUGAAGCGUACCGCCGUCCCGUAGCAGCACUCACCUCCUGCUCGGCCGACGCAACCACUACUGACCCCCGACCCCUCGCCUCAGUGACUGACCUCCCCACUCUCAGCUCCCACGCGCCCCCCCCCCCCCCCCUCCCCCGUGGAGAGACGGCGAAUGGCUCUCGGCAGCCGCGCAAGGCUCACUCACGGUGCAGGCGGAGGGGCGAGGAACAGACACCACCUGUGCCUAAAGACUGUACGCAAACGAUCACAGCGCACUCACCGUCAUUUUUAACCCCUAAGCGACAUGAAGCGCCCUCCUGACAUGUGACCCAAUGCCAAAAUUCAUCACACGAAGAUCAACGCCAGGACCAAACCAGCAUCUCAGAUGUUCCAUAGAUGCCACUCAUCGAACCCGCAGCCACUUCACUCUAAAAAGCCUUCAUCACCACCACCAGCCUUUUCAUGUGGCAACAGUUCUUCCAAUCACCACACUCUCACUGGCCUUCAUCUCCCACAUGGACAUACAGCUGGAAGGAGUGUGGUCGGGGGGUGGGAUUUGAAUUAUGUUGAUUUGAUUUGUGCCUAAUUUUUUAUUUUUUAUUUGAAGAAACCUCUGAUUAAUACUGUGGAAGCCCAUUUCUGCUGGGAGAAGGAAAAAAACAAACAGAAGAGAAGUUGGGAAUGAUAGUAAAACUAAGUGGCAAGUCAAUAUUAUGAGAUUAUGUGUUGAAUUAUGAACUAUGGAGGAUCAUAAUAUUUAGAUGGUAAAGUCUGGACAUUGUCACAAGUAAACAUGAUAAAACAACCUCAAAAUAAGAUAUUACGGACUUAUAGAAUCUCAUAGUUUUGACUUGGCAUAUUGUCAUUUUGACGCAAUAUUAUUUUUAUAUAUGUUAUCAUUUUAAAAUGUUUUUACUUAGCAAAUCUCAUACUAAGUACGUGGCUAAAUUUGACUUGCUAUCAUAAUUCCGACUCUAAAGUCUUUUUGUUUUUUUCGAGCUACCCCGUUUUUCAUCUUUUUUUUUGACGCAAAAAAAAAUAUUUAUUUCAUAAUUUUACUUUGGCAUGUCAAUAGUUUGACUUUGCAUGAAUGGUUAUAUUUUGUGAAUCCUUAAAUGUCGCACCCUUUAUUUUUUUGGUGUAAAUGGGCUUCCAUAGUUUUCAGAUGAACUAUUAAGGGAAAUGUUAUGAGUAAUGCCCCAGAAGUGGG